CGGGAGGCGGGGGACAUUUGGCAUCGGCCGGGGGGCCCAGGGACAGCGCGGCAUGGCUGGUGAGCGGUGUCUGCGGGGGCGCUGGCGGCGGGGGGAGCGCUCCGGAGCUGCCGCGCGCCCUGCUCGUUGUUAGCGAUGGCAAAUGGCAGCGGCGUCGCCAGCAGCAGCAGCAGCAGCAGCAGCAGCAGCGCCUCGGGAGGCAGCGGCGGCAUUAGAAUGAGUAACAGCAUCAGCGCCAGCAAUCUCAACACGGACUCGUCCUCGUCCCCGGUCAGCGUGCCCAAGAUGGAUGCGCUCAUCAUCCCGGUGACCAUGGAGGUGCCCUGCGAUAGCCGCGGACAGCGCAUGUGGUGGGCUUUCCUCGCCUCGUCCAUGGUCACGUUCUUUGGCGGGCUCUUUAUCAUCCUGCUCUGGAGGACCCUCAAGUACCUGUGGACCGUCUGCUGUCACUGCGGGGUCAAAAACAAGGAGGCCCAGAAGAUUAAUGCUGGUGGGGAAUCACAGGCUGAUGGGACCUGUAAACCUACAGAUGAGAAAGAGGAGACUGUCGCAGCAGAAGUGGGCUGGAUGACCUCUGUGAAAGACUGGGCAGGAGUGAUGAUAUCUGCCCAGACUCUAACUGGCAGAGUCCUUGUUGUCUUAGUCUUUGCUCUUAGUAUUGGUGCUCUUGUAAUAUACUUCAUAGAUUCGUCAAACCCAAUAGAAUCCUGCCAGAAUUUCUACAAAGAUUUCACGUUACAGAUAGACAUGGCUUUCAACGUGUUCUUCCUACUCUACUUUGGCUUGCGUUUCAUUGCAGCCAAUGACAAGCUGUGGUUUUGGCUGGAAGUUAACUCGGUAGUAGAUUUCUUCACAGUCCCUCCAGUGUUUGUGUCAGUGUAUUUAAACAGAAGUUGGCUUGGUUUAAGAUUUUUAAGAGCCCUUAGACUGAUACAGUUUUCAGAAAUUUUGCAGUUUCUGAAUAUCCUAAAAACAAGUAAUUCCAUCAAGCUGGUGAAUCUGUGCUCUAUAUUUAUCAGCACAUGGCUGACAGCAGCUGGGUUCAUACAUUUGGUGGAGAACUCGGGGGAUCCAUGGGAAAAUUUCCAAAAUAACCAACCGCUUACAUAUUGGGAAUGUGUUUAUUUACUAAUGGUUACAAUGUCCACUGUUGGCUAUGGAGAUGUUUAUGCAAAAACAACUCUUGGUCGUCUUUUCAUGGUCUUCUUCAUCCUCGGGGGAUUGGCCAUGUUUGCCAGCUACGUCCCUGAAAUCAUAGAGUUAAUAGGAAACCGCAAGAAAUAUGGUGGUUCCUAUAGUGCGGUUAGUGGAAGAAAGCACAUAGUUGUCUGUGGUCACAUAACACUUGAAAGUGUGUCCAACUUCCUGAAGGACUUCCUGCACAAGGACAGGGAUGAUGUGAACGUGGAAAUCGUCUUUCUGCAUAAUAUCUCCCCUAACCUUGAGCUGGAAGCUCUUUUUAAACGACACUUCACUCAGGUCGAAUUUUAUCAGGGUUCAGUUCUCAAUCCGCAUGACCUGGCGAGAGUAAAGAUAGAGUCAGCAGAUGCAUGCCUAAUCCUUGCCAAUAAAUACUGCGCUGACCCAGAUGCUGAAGAUGCCUCCAAUAUUAUGAGAGUAAUUUCCAUAAAGAAUUACCAUCCGAAGAUAAGAAUUAUCACUCAGAUGCUGCAGUAUCAUAACAAGGCCCAUCUGCUAAAUAUCCCAAGCUGGAAUUGGAAAGAAGGGGAUGACGCAAUCUGUCUUGCUGAACUCAAGCUGGGUUUCAUAGCCCAGAGCUGCCUGGCACCGGGCCUCUCAACAAUGCUAGCCAACCUCUUCUCUAUGAGGUCAUUCAUAAAGAUUGAGGAGGAUACAUGGCAGAAAUACUAUCUAGAAGGAGUCUCAAAUGAAAUGUAUACAGAAUAUCUAUCUAGUGCCUUUGUGGGUCUGUCUUUCCCUGCAGUUUGUGAACUGGUGUUUGUAAAGCUAAAGCUCUUAAUGAUAGCCAUAGAAUACAAGUCAGAAAAACGGGAAAGCAGAAGCCGAAAGCGUAUAUUAAUCAAUCCUGGAAACCAUGUCAAGACAGAAGGUACAUUAGGAUUCUUCAUUGCAAGUGAUGCCAAAGAAGUGAAAAGGGCAUUUUUUUACUGCAAGGCCUGUCAUGAUGACAUCACAGAUCCCAAAAGGAUAAAAAAAUGUGGCUGCAAACGGCUGAUCUAUUUUGAAGAUGAACAUCCGUCGACACUGUCACCCAAAAAAAAGCAGCGAAAUGGAGGCAUGAGAAAUUCACCCAACUCCUCGCCCAAACUGAUGAGGCAUGACCCCUUGUUAAUUCCCGGCAAUGAGCAGAUUGACAACAUGGAUGCCAGUGUGAAAAAAUAUGACUCCACGGGGAUGUUUCAUUGGUGUCCAGGAAAGGACAUUGAAAAGGUCAUUUUGACCCGGAGCGAAGCAGCGAUGACAGUUUUAAGUGGUCAUGUGGUCGUUUGCAUAUUUGGGGAUGCUAAGUCUGCAUUGAUUGGAGUAAGAAAUCUAGUGAUGCCAUUACGAGCCAGCAACUUUCACUACCAUGAACUCAAGCACAUUGUGUUUGUGGGUUCACUUGAAUAUCUGAAAAGGGAAUGGGAGACGCUGCACAACUUCCCCAAGGUUUCAAUCUUGCCCGGUACGCCAUUAAGUCGAGCUGAUUUAAGGGCUGUCAACAUCAACCUCUGCGACAUGUGCGUUAUCCUGUCAGCCAAUCAGAAUAAUAUUGAUGAUGCUUCGCUGCAGGACAAGGAAUGCAUCUUGGCGUCACUCAACAUCAAAUCUAUGCAGUUUGAUGACAGCAUUGGGGUCUUGCAGGCUAAUUCCCAAGGGUUUACACCACCAGGAAUGGAUAGGUCAUCUCCAGACAACAGUCCAGUCCAUGGUCUGUUACGUCAACCCUCAAUCACAACAGGAGCCAACAUACCUAUUAUAACAGAGCUAGCUAAGCCUGGCAAACUUCUGCCUUUGGUUUCAAUCAGUCAGGAAAAAAACAGUGGAACCCACAUACUAAUGAUAACUGAACUGGUAAAUGAUUCUAACGUUCAGUUUUUGGACCAAGAUGAUGACGACGACCCAGACACAGAAUUGUAUCUUACACAGCCAUUUGCAUGUGGAACCGCAUUCGCCGUCAGUGUAUUGGACUCCCUCAUGAGCGCUACAUACUUCAAUGACAAUAUCCUCACACUGAUACGGACGUUGGUAACAGGAGGAGCCACACCAGAGCUGGAAGCGCUGAUUGCUGAAGAGAAUGCACUGAGAGGAGGCUACAGCACGCCCCAGACACUUGCAAACAGAGACAGGUGUCGAGUUGCUCAGUUGGCUUUGUAUGAUGGGCCAUUUGCAGACCUAGGGGAUGGUGGUUGUUAUGGAGAUCUGUUUUGUAAAGCACUGAAAACAUACAAUAUGCUUUGUUUUGGAAUUUACCGAUUGAGAGAUGCACAUCUAAGCACACCUAGCCAAUGCACUAAACGCUAUGUUAUCACAAACCCACCCUAUGAGUUUGAGCUUGUGCCCACAGACUUGAUCUUCUGUUUGAUGCAAUUUGACCACAAUGCUGGCCAGUCCCGGGCCAGUCUCUCUCAUUCCUCCCAUUCUUCGUACUCCUCCAGCAAAAAGAGCUCAUCGGUUCAUUCUAUCCCAUCGACAGCAAACCGACAGAACCGCACCAAGACUCGGGACUCCCGGGAAAAACAGAACAGAAAAGAAAUGGUUUACAGAUGAGCCGGAUAAUGCCUAUCCCAGAAACAUUCAAAUCAAGCCCAUGAGCACUCACAUGGCCAAUCACAUCAAUCAGUAUAAAUCUACAAGCAGCUUGAUACCACCAAUCAGAGAAGUUGAAGAUGAAUGUUGACU